AUGGCCUUAGUCCACACAAGUUAUUACGCGCAUCCGUUGGAAAACUCGCGACUUUCGCAGCGCGAACUUCUGGCGCGCAUUUUCGGCUACCCAGACCGGGAAACCGAAGACGAGCCCAUGGAGGUUGAAGAAUGCGUCAGUGAUUCAGGAUCGGACCAUGAAAUGGACGAACAUCAUAAAGGUAUGAUUUCUUAGUUGUGUUCAUGGAUAGUUUUAUAACAACCAAAAGCUGGUCGCGGAGGUUUUGGAUCGAAAAGUAGAACGUGGAUCUUUGCAUGCAUGGCAUGAAAGCAAACAUGGGGUAAUGAAAAUUAAAUAUGCCGAACGUGGCGUUUUUGUCCGUUUCAUUCUUCACUAUCCAAAUCUUUUUUGUGUGUGUACGUACAUUAUUUUGGCCUCUCAGUUGAAGCACAAAUGAUUGAGUGUAUUUUAAUUGAGCUUUAUACAGCGCUCUUCUCGAGGAAAACGAACUUUGUACCGUCACAAACACGAAACGACAAGAUUUGCAUAUGCAAGCUAAAAGGCUAUAUAUGUAAAAAAAAAAAACAGCUGCUUCCCUCAAAGAUCGUUUCAAUAUAGAAUUAGAAAAGCCCGUAAAAUUCUUUUAAAGCAAGAGUUUUUUUAAAGGUUUUUUCGUAUUUUCGUAGUAAAUUUUCCCUUGUGUAAAAAGAAGAAAACAGUUUUCCAUGCAGUUUCCUGUCCGGUCGGCAUGAAAACGCUGAAUUGUGCAUGUUUUCUCUUGUCGUUCGUGCUGCAGCUUUGGAAAUGAUAUUGUUCAAUUACCACAUUUUAUUCCUUCACGUGAUCGUCUUGUGGCAAUAUAUGCUUUCCAGUUUCGUGCCAAAAAACGUAAAAUUUCGUUUUCUUCGGUGCGUGCACUGAAAACUCUUUGGGCGAGGUUCGUGACGACCAGCUUGUUAUUAGAAGUGGAUUUUUACCGGCUUCUGUCGAUAUGCGUAAUCCGCUCUGACAAUCAUAACACAUAAUCCUUUAAUACAAAUUUAUAGAUAUGUCAAUAUUAAUGGUCUUCGCAUUGAGUCGCUCAGAAAGCCGAAAUUUUGAAUUUCUUUGCGGCUUGGUUCAGCUGAAUUUUAAAUUUUUGACAUAUUUUUGAUCCAAGAAAAUAAUUUUUUAUUGGUACGCUUGGAGUGUUUUACUGAUGUGUAAUCUACCGGCACUAGCUUGAAAACAGCCACUCAACAAAAAUGUGAAGAUUUGAGAUAUUUGAAAUGGCUAUAUUUUAUUGCUUGUUUUCAAUAUUAUUAUAAAAUGUCCUCGCCCUCUCAGAGGGGUACAAAAUAAAUGUUCCCAGUCUGAAUUUAAAAACCAGUCAUUUGGCAUUCCGAGGAGAAAGCCAUGUUCCUGUCAGUAUAUUACUGUUGUGUUUGUUUCGAUAACCCGGGGCUAGUGGAUUUUGUUUUUUGGCUAGUGAAUUUGGUUCUUAACACUCAACGGGCAAGUGCCAUUUUUGGGGCAAUUCAAAUGGAUUGUAAACAAUCCUGCUAAUCAAAAAGGGUUUUGGAGCUAAUUGAAAUGACUUAUGGGCUAGUAUGUGCUAGCUACAGCUUGCCCGAAUUGCAGGCUGUAAAACUGACUUUCUUUGCACCCUGCUUAAGCAACAAGAACAUUGACAUCCUGGAUGUCAAAAAUGGCAACCGGAAGUUGAUAUUUUCUCUCUUUUAGUGUUGACUCGACAAAUUCGUACAUUGGGAGUUAAAACAAAGACUGUUAAAUUCGUUGUGUGAGAUAAAAGUGUUCCAUCAAGCGAGACAUCGAACUUCCGGUUGCUAUUCAUAAUGUCUGGAAUGUCAGCGUUCUCGUUGCUUAAGCUCACGGUGUAAUUUGUCAAUGUUGCUGCUUCAAGGCCAUGUCACCUGUAGGGAUUUUACCCUUACUGGGCCUGUAUUAUCGAGGACAUCUGUCUGAAGGUAUUCCUGGAGACUAUUCUUUUUUUACCACAGAUCUGCUUGUUUCAUGGCUUUGUAAAAAAAACCCUCAAAUUUAACCACACUUUCAUAUAUUUAACGUUAUUUAGCAUUGACACCAGGAGAAGGGAAAAAUUUUUGAUGGAAUGAAGGAAUUUCUUAAAUUUGAUGUUUAAAUAAGCUUGCGUGGUCAAGACUUUACAGUUUUACCUUUUUUCAAUAGAACUGAGGGAGAAAAGAAAUAACCUAAUGGGCAAAUGAUCCAAAACCAGCUCGCCACCCCUAGGAUAAAGACUGUUAAGGCACUGUGUUGAUAACAGAAAAAUCAAAGUUAAGGCCUGGCAUAUUAUUAUAUUUCAGCUGCACAUGGGAGAUGUACAGUUAAACGCACUUGUUGGCCUUGAUUACCAACUUGAAGGAAGAGGUACAGUUCGCGCAAGUCUUGAUGAAAAAGGAAGUGUUUUUGAGGUAUUGAGGUAAAGUGCAUACAAUCCUGAACUGACUUUGUUGUUAAAUGUCAGUGUUGUGGUUGUGUUCAUUCAUAUUGUUUGUGCAGUGUUCCUGGGUACUGUCUUGUAAGUUUUCUGUGUUUCUGUCAUUUUACACAUUCAUAGAAUCCUUUAGCUUCAUUUGCCAUUGUAUUGGCUGCAGCUAUUUGGCAAAAUAAUUAAAUUGGACUAGCCAACCAACUUAAUUCUGCCAGAAUUUUUUUGAAGAGUAAAAUUGAUAUUUCCAUUAUUUGUUUUGGCAACCUGUUGAUACACACAGUCCAUACAGCGGCAACUAAGAUAAGUGGUUGUUCUUCCUUCUCCAGUUGAGACUUUUACAAGUCUUGAUAAAAAAGGAAGAUAGGCCUCAAACUUAGGUAUAACUUGUAUGGUAUGAGAUGCUCAAAUUUAAUAAUUUUGUUCGUUAAGUUCUUUUGUUCCAGUUUGGUUUUUGAUAUGUUGACGCAUGAUAACAAGUUAAAAACAAAUUGUAUGAAAAUGUAAAUUAUGCUUAUUGAUUAUGUAAAAUUAAUCUCUUAUAUAUUGCUCUUUACUGUUAUGUGUUGUGCCUUCAUAUUAUUAUCCUAGUACUUUUCAACUUGAAAUUGUAAUCAAACUAUUGCCAUAGAAAUGCUAAAUACUGUAGAGUUUGUUACUUGUUUCACAAGCAUGAAAAGGUUUAGGAAAUUGUAGCCGCUUAAAAAAAAAUUAUUUAAAUUAAACUUAUUACUUAUACUGACGUUGACUUAUUGUAGUAUUGACUUAAGAGAAUAGUUUGGAUGCUGUCCUGUUUGUUUGCAAAGAUGUGUUUAAGGAAUUGACAUUAAUAAGUUCGAGCUUAUUCCAUACAGCCGUUUAGUUGAUAGAACUGGCUGUUGUGCCUGUAGAAUAAAGCUUAAUUUCCCUUUGUGCUACAUUAUUUUGCAGAUUGUGAAUGGAAAUGGGACCCUGAAACACUUUCGUCAUCAGUAUGCCUCACAAGAGGCAAUAAAGAGGUGCUCUUUCACCCAGAUUACAGCUGUGGAACUGCGGCAGCUAAAGGCUCGCAGCCCCUUACACCAGGGGGAGAAUACUAUUGGGAGAUUAAGAUGACCAGUGCUGUCUAUGGUACAGACAUGGUAGGUGACCUGUGACAGAUUGUUUUAAAACCAUCUGACAGAGACAGAAACAGACAGAUUAAACGGACAUGGUAGUCAGUUCUGGAUCUGGUUAUUAUUUACCAAAGUGACUCUUACAAGACCUGCUACAAUCAAGACAACUAGCUGGCACCGUUUGUUUGGUGGGCUCUUGCUUUCACCCUGCAACUCCAUUAUUACCCUGAUAAAGUGACUUUCUUUGUUGGACAACUCCACAGUAAUCAGGACAGUGACAAAUGUGUUGUACCGUACAGACUGACCUACCCUGUUGACGUUGACAAACUUGAUGCACCUAACACAGAAUGCUUGCAAUAAUGACAUUCGCUCUCGACAAGCUACAUUCUUCAAACAGUGAUGCUCUUUGCGCUGUACAGACUUACAGUUGACAGAGGAACUAGACAUUGUAUCCUUUAUUUCUUCAUAAGAUUCUGCACUUAUUAAGACAUCUCCUUUUUGUAAUCCAGGGGAAGCCAGGCUAUUGCUUAGUAUACGUUUUUUUAGAGAUAUUUAGCUCCACAGAGACUUUCAAAAAAGUAGUAAAUAAUAUGAAGAGUUGUUUUCUCAUUAGUCAACGUUUCGUAUCCAAAUAUCCAUCAUGGUAGUGAUUUCUGUUGUUUUUUGCUGGGAAUUAAGAUUUGUAUCUUUUGACUGAUACAGAAUUUGGACAUAAAUGACAUACCAUACAACUAGGUGACUGCAUUUACAUGGAUCUGUAUGUGAAUAUAGUUAAUUCAUUAAUUUUUUUAUGCAUUUUAACCAGAUGUUGGGAGUAUGCACAAGAGACAUGGACAUCACUCAGUAUAAAACCUCCUUUUGUAGCCUUAUUGGCAAGGACAGUAACAGUUGGGGGUUAUCCUACAUUGGAAAUUUUCAUCAUAAAGGAAAAUCCCAUAACUAUACUUCAAGAUUUGACCAUGAUUCAGUAAUUGGUAUCCAUUUGGAUGCCUGGCAUGGCAAGUUAUCUUUCUUUAAAGACAAUGAGCCACUAGGAGUAGCUGCUUCAAACCUUACUGGCAAAACCCUAUUUCCUGUUGUUUCUUCAACUGCGGCAAGAACAAAGAUGAAGCUGCAACGCAGUUCUUCCAUGUCUUUUUCCCUACAAUAUCUUUGUUGUGCCACCAUUGGUAAAUGCCUUCCAAAUCUUAAAGCAGUGGAGAGUCUGCCCAUCCCCCCAGGGGUGAGGCGACAUCUUUGUAAUGAACUAGACUGGGUGGUGAAGGUUCAUUUACCAUCAAAAAGGAGCUGA